GUAAAAUCACAAAAAGCUUAUGCUUAAGUGAGUUCGAGUUGAUGAUGGGAAAGAAAGAUUGACGAAAAUUAAAUUGAUUAAAUUACAUCAAAAUUAAAAAGUUUAUUUUUAUUCUUUAUUGGGAAUUGUAAUCCCAUUGUGUUUUGAACCAAUGUGUUCUAUCAAAAUCUCACAAAAGAAUACUCAGUGCCAGCAAAUAGACAAAAAUGGAAUUGUUUAUGAUUGAGCAUCCAAUAACUUUGGAAAAAAUCAAUUUCGUUUAUAGAGAAACAUAAUUGAAACAAAAGAAAGUGGAACUCUUCGAAGAAAGAAAGAAAUCAGCCAAUCAGUCAAAAAACUCAACUCAAAUUAAAAAUGACUGAGAAAUCAAACAACAAAUCCAUUUUAAAUAAUUCAGAAUGCACAUCAUCUGUGGAUAAUGAUUUAAGUAAACCCGACGAGUUGGCAAAAGCUGCUUCAGCUGCUGCUGAUUCGCAAUCAUCUCAAUCUCAUAGUGAAUUGGACUUGUCGAUAGAUCAACUGAAGAAAGGAUUGGACCCACAGUUUUCUAGAUUUGCUGAUUAUUUUGUGAUAUGUGGGUUGGAUUUGGAUACUGGUCUGGAACCAGAUCGUUUUGCUGGAGACAACUUGCACUGUUCCCCUUUGGACAGAGCAUAUAAAAGCAAACCGCUUGCCCACUAUCCUGAAAACGUUGCGUGGAAUCCAUUUGAUUCGCAUGGAAUAUGCAUGCUUUCAUUGCCCCAAGGACUGCGAUUUCGCACCCAAAAAAAUAACUUGGAUCCGAAAUUUCAUUCAUUUGCGACAACCCGAGAAGAUGGAAAGCGAUGUCAUGGAUUUAGUUUGAUAUUUUUCGAAGAAGUUAGGAAUAGGAACAUUUGCAGUGCUAUGCACACUUUGCAGGCAAUGUUCAUAACUGAACUCUCCAAUGGGCAAAAUACGAUGAAUCUUCGCCGAGUAAAGGAAAGUCCAGUUAGCAAAUCUCUGCCAAGACAUUUCAAGGUUGCUGGGCAGGCUCCGCAAUCAGCUUUAAGUUACUACGAAAUUACAAAGGACAAACUCUAUGUUGCCAAAAGCAUAUCUUUAAUAUGUCAAUUCCCAUACGCAUUUGCGUCGGAAAUAUUCCUUAAGAAUCUCUACAGAUGUCUUCCUCGACAAACUGGUCCUGGCCUGAGUCUUGAAUCAUACGUAUACAAUAUAUUAUAUGAAGUAAUAUUGCCAAAGCCUGGCAAAUCAAUUCGAAUAUACUUGCCCCCAGAGGAACCGCAAUUGCCACCGACCGCCUUGGUUCUUCAACGUCCGGUGCCAAAUGAGGAACUCCCUCUAUUGGAUUUUUCCCUGCGAUUACUAUUUACGUACCUUGGAGUAGAAUGUGUUAUUCAACUCCUCACUUGUGUGCUGCUCGAAAACCAAAUACUUUUGCGUUCGAAUGAUUAUCAAAAACUAAUGGUUGUUGGCGAGUGUAUAACUUCAAUAAUUUUCCCAUUUAAGUGGCCUCAUGUGUAUGCCCCUAUUCUCCCAGCAGCUCUGCAUCAUUUUCUCGAUGCACCAGUGCCAUUCGUUAUGGGACUGCACGCCGAUUGCGAAGCAAAUACAAAAGUUGGAUCAGAAGCUUCCCUAUGUUAUGUGGAUAUAGAUAAAAAAGUUAUUCAACCGCCAGAAGAAUUGCCCGUUUUCCCACAUAAAAACGAUUUUAUGGCAGAAAUAAUAUCGGUGCUUGACAAAUUUAAUAUCGAACGGGACAAAACUCAUGAGCCCAACAUUAGAAAUGGAUCAAUUGGUUGUAAUAGACGAGGUGAUUAUGAUGGUAUGACUUCAAGUUGCACUUUGCCAUCAGGUAUGCAAGCAAGACGUAAACAAAUCAUAUACGAAGCUUUGGCGACCCAUGAAUCCAAUAGUCACCCUCACGUAGAAUACCAACCUCUAAUUGCUCAUCCUAGACUCGAACAUGUUCCUAGAGUUGCAGACUUCUUAAAACGCAAAGGAGGUGUAAAAUCUGAUUUGAGUGUGGACACCACAGAUUCCAUGCCUCAAAAUUGUCGCAAAACUAAAGAAUCUCCUCCACCACCAGUUAGUCUUCAAGAAGAAUAUAACCAAGAUCAACGAAUAAAUAACUCUGUGCGCGAAAUAUUCUUAAAUAGAUUCGUUCACAUGUUUGCAGCCUACGAAUACUUUGUUAUUUAUCCAAAUCAAGACAAAAAUGAAUGGUUAUCAAACAGAGAGUCCCUGCAAAAUUUCGACAAGUCUUCUUUUCUUUCAGACCAACCAGAACACCACAUCGCUUUUUUGUCUAGAUUUUUAGAAUCUCAAAUGUUUGCCACACUCAUUGAUAAUAAAAUUAUCUCAAUGUGGGAAACUGAUCCCGAUCCAAGUUUAAAAUUAUUCGACAACCGAAUUAAAUUGCUAAGAAAGAGACACGGAGGUGAAAGUAUGAUUCGUGCUAAUAGCUACGAACCUUGUGUUUUGAGCCAAAAAACGCAACAUGCUCUCGAAAAAAGACUCAAUACGGUUGACAUGGAAGUGACACCACCCAGUGAAAUUUUAUCAAACAGACCUGCAUACUUUCGAAGUUUUCCUAUUUUAGAGAAAUCGGUUCUAAAUCAGGAGUGCACUUCGAGAGGUAACAGCUUGCGUCGUGUAAAAAAUGGCACGAAUUGGCGUGCAAAAGACAUUCCUUUGGAUAUUAAACCUACUUCGAGUAGAAACUCGGCCAAUCUCUCUACUUCGGAUAUGAGCCCAGCCCUGAUUGCCCAAGCUAAUUGGACCUUCGUGGAGCGUUUGUUAAAGGAUAUAAAGGCAAAAACAAAACGUAUGCUUCUUGAAAAAAUGGGAAAUGAAGCUGUAGCGCUCGGUCUAAAAGGUGACGCGUCAUCAAAUGGUGUUGAAGAAAAUACUCUUAUUGCAUCACUUUGUGAUUUGCUUGAGAAGGUCUGGUCGCAUGGGCUACAAAAUAAACAAGGAAAAUCUGCGCUCUGGUCACAUUUGCAUGCCUAUUUAGAGUUACAGGAAACACGCAAUCCCUCAAAUACAAUUUUGACUAACAGUUACCUUACUACACCGGCACUAGCUUGGAGCGUCAUGAGGAAAAGAAUGGAUUAUUUAUCUACGAUUCGAGUUGAGCCGGAAUCUCCCCAAAGCCCUAACCGAAGCAGAUCACGAGAUCGCAAAAAUUCUGUCUUCUCUGAACAACUUUGCACAUUACCAGAAUCCAUUGAGUUUGAUAUUAAAAAUGUCUUAGCAAUGACUGAUAUUAAGACACAUAUAGGUUACACCCGAGCUUGGGUUCGAUUAUCACUAGAAAAAAAGUUAUUAUCUAGACACUUUCGAACUUUGCUAUCUGAACAAACUUUAUUAAGGUCAUUAUACAAGAGAUCCGCAUUUUUACGAUGUGAAGAGGAAAAAGAGCAAUUUCUUUAUCAUUUAUUGACAUUGAACACUGUUGACUAUUGUUCUUUCACCAACACGUAUCCAAAUACAAAACUGCCUUAUCGCGUGGUCAUUUUCCCAUCAAGAAAAUAUGGCAACUAUAAAACUUCAAGUGGAGUUUGGAUUCGUAUUUCUGGUACUCUGACAGAAACCCAGUGCUUACCAGUUCCAAAAGGAGCACUUGAGUUUAUUUUUCACUAUAAAAACAUUGGAAUCCUAACGACUAUGCGAAUUGGACAUGACAACUCUGGCCCAUCAAAUAAAUGGCUGGUUGAUCUAGUUGUCAUUCGGAAUGAAGUCACAGGACAUACUUACAAAUUCCCCUGCGGUCGAUGGCUGGGAAAAGGUGUUGACGACGACUCAACGGAAAGGCUGCUGGUUGGGCAUCGUGUCUUGGAAAAUGUUGAUAAUGCUGAACUCUUGCAGGAAUGCGCAACGCCACCUAGAGCUCGAAGUCCUAGUAUUCAAAGAGUAGAGCUAUCUUCGUCGGAAAUUCAAAAUAAAUUAGGAACCUGUGUUAAUGUAAUAGUAAAGUGGCACUACAAACCGAGUCGAGAAAGAGAUGUUGGAUCACUAACAAAUCUGUUGUGUGGUGAAGAUGGAUUGGUCAAAUGCUUGGAGCAAGUGUUUUUAUUUGGAUUCCGAUCGUCUCGAUUUUUUAGUCGAAAUAUUUACAUAUGGGAUUUUCUACUUAAAUGCAAAGAAUAUUUCGAAGUGAGUUUAUCUCAAGAGCAAACAUCACAGAUAAAUGAAAGAGCCAAUCAUAUUCAAAGUGCUUCGCAACGCAAUGAAAUAACAGCUAUUUGGCGGUAUUAUGUUCACUUGCUUGAUGAAAUUAACGCAGCUGGAAAUACACUUGGCAAGGAUGGCAAAUUUCAGUUGUUUAUUUGUCUAAGCUUAAGAGAUCAUCUUUUGACACGUGUUUUUGUUCCCUUAUCUUUAACGAAAGCAACACAAGAAAUGUAUGAAGAGGAAAGUUUUUUUAAAAGGAAGGGACUUUUGACUUUUUUGGUGCAUAUAUUAGAACCACUUGAUGAUUUUCAAAUAGUAUUGGAAAACACAAUUACACAAGGAAUUUCUUCACAACUUUAAAUUUAUUUUUAAAUACUCAAAACAAAUUGUCUCGAAUACUAUCUAAUACUCGUAGAACAUGGCAACAGCGGCACAAAGCUGAAACAACUGUAACGAUAAAUUUGUAGUUUUUCUGUUGUAAAUGUUAGGCGUACACUGUAAUUAUCGUCAUUUAGUGCAAAAAAAAGUAAUUUUUCAAACGACCAAAACCAGAUUUAGAUUGUGGGUCUUUCAGCGAUCACAACGCAUGUUAAAAACUGGAAAAUGCUUUAAUUUUCCAAUUCAAUUUUUGGGUUGUGAUUGUUUGACCACAACCCGUUGUAAAUAGUUUGAAUAAUUAUAUAAAAGCGACUAUACGGCUCAAGAAUAUUCACUGGUGGAGGAUUCUGACCCGCAUCGUCGCAUCCAAUAUGUUCUUUUGGAUGAGUCACAAUCUAAAUUUCGGAUUUGAGCGUUUGUGAAGUGUCAUAACUUAAUGGCCGAUUUGUAGUUUAAGCCUAACAUAAGCAUUUAUUAUAAAAGUGCAACUAGUUCUAGUCGUUUUAAAACAUAUUAAUAAGUUAAAUUGAUUUUUUGUGUCAACUUUACAAAUUUGUCUCUCUAGAAUUCCAAAGAUUAUGUUAUAAUACAAAUAUAAUUAUGUGUAUAUUA